CCUGUUUACGGCAGAGGUUUUACCACAGGACAGAACAGCACAGAUGGACAGUUCGCGGUUUUAAUUCGAGUGAGCGAGCAGUUUUAAUAUCUUGUUAAAAUUACACUGUUUAUGGAAUUAGGCAGAAGCUAGCGUUAGCAGCUAGCUAAAUAGCCCACCCGGCUCACUUCACAUUAGCUCAGGAUAAAAGAAGGCCUUCUUCGGCCACCUAUGAGGACAGUUACUCAUGUUUUGCACAUGUUGUGCACAUGUUAACACAUAUUGUGUGUGUGUUUGUCUUGACAUAUAAUGUGUUAAGUGAGGUAGUACACAGGAUAGUGUUAAAAUGGCUAGUCUGCAGCAGACUGACCGUGGCUUCACCUCUGUCAGUUGUUCCUGCUGACAUGCUGUCAGUGUGUCUAAAUGUAGCACACACACAGAACCAAGGAGCGGUGUGAUGGUGGCCACAGCUCUGUGAAGUAGGGCUGAACGUCGUUCAAAUAGAAACAUCGUUUCUAUGCAAAAUUUCACUCUGUAAUAGACACAGUGAGUACAUAUUUAGGCAGUAGUGUUGGUAGUAAAUCUUUAUAAUUAUGUAUUUUGACAAAGCAAUUCCUGUCCAGUCAUGUGAAUACAAAAUCCAGGUAAUAUUUUCUUUGUGUUUUCAAAAAUGUUUAAAGAGAAUAGGAUCAUGGUUCAAGUAAUCAAAACUGAUCAAAAGCACUUUGAGUAUGUGCUUACCUGGGUUAUGUUGGUUGUGUUGACUUGACAGAAAUACGAUCUAUGAGUAACCUACAUAAUGAUGCUUUGUUAGGUCAGAGCUGUAGCUGCACUCAUGUAUUCUAGGAGUAAAUACAUCUUAUUGUAUAUGGUUUGUUUUUUUCCUCAAUUGUUAGUACAGUUGUUAACUGUAUUGUACAUGCACUACAAUGUAGUUCAGAGGAAAGUAAGAAUUGACUUUGAAAUACAAAUUUGUAUCUUAUUACUCAGCAGCUUUAUUCAGCACUUUUUGAUAUUGUUUAUUGACACAACAAUUAUUAGUGCUAAGUAGAAGCUUGAUUGUGUGGUCAAUAAUAGUAGGUGUUGUGUCCUCAAGGAAUCAUCAUGAAUAAAUCUGAAAUAAAUAUUCAGUAUGUCAGCCAGCUGGUUGAGAAUUGAACUGUAGUGAUGUAAUGCCCUUUAAAUAAUUGAUGUGUUUAGAAAAGUAAAAGAGGCUGCACUUUAGAAGAGAAGAAAAAUCAAUGAUAGUCAGAGAGCACUAAUGAGAAAGAAGGACGUAAAGACGUAGAGAAAGAGGAAGAGACAGAGUAGGCGAGAGAAUUUGAAGAGACAGGCAGUUAGGCAGAUGGAUGGGAACCCCUCCCAGGCCUGUUUCCUCUCUGCUCAGUCUUGUGAUAAGCAGUUGAAGAGGAAGUCAAGUAUUAUUUCAUCCGGAUUUGUGUGAGAGAAGAUGAUCAUUUCUAUUUGCUUAGGAAGAAUCUGUAAAGUUCCAGUGUCUGUGUGGUGAAGAUGCUGUAGAUACACCACAAACAGCCUCCACCAGUGACUUCACAGCCACCUGACAGACCAAAAAUAAAGCUGCUGAUGUUGUUUCCCAUUUAGAAUAUUUCUACUCUUGUCAAAAUACAUAAGAAAUCUUUGUAACAGUGUUUUGCACUGUUGUUGUGUUGUACAGCUGUGUGCAGUGUCUUUGGCCUUGUGCUCACUCAUGCUAUCUCCCAUGAGGUUUAUACAGUCCACACAGACGGACUGCAUAGAUUUGUUUUUUUAACAGAGUGACACACAAUGCAGUCCUCCUUUUCAUGCGAGGAAUUUUUGUGUACCUGUCACUUGAGUUCUGUUGUGCAUUAGAGUAAAGCAUGUGUACUUGCACUGCUGCUACUGCUGUAGGUAGAAUUAAUUUUGUGGAAUACACUGAUUUUGUACCACACCCAAUGUAUAUAUAUAUAUAUUUAUAUAUAGAUUUGUGUGUAUAUCUGGCUAGUAUUUUUGUUUGCUGGCUCAACUCCCAAAUUGCUGCCAGGGUCAUGCCUGGCUCUGGCAUGAUACUGCAGUAGCUUUACCUCAAGAGUUAGUGAUACACCAUUGGAAAGGGAAACUACUACUGGAUGAAUGCCCAAACUUGAGGAAGGAAGCUGGACUAGACUACAGACAGCUGUUUGUGAAGCUUGCAUGCUACUUGGAUCUCCAUCACUUAUUAGUUCAUGAAAGUUACUUCAAGACCUGUGUUUGUGCCGCUGACAGUUAAGUUGCUUUGUUGGAUAUGUGGAUGCCGCUAACAGGAUUUUUGUGCCAGUUUUGGGAAACUAUCUAGUUGUGAUAUUUACAGCUCAGGCGAAGACCCAGUCAUGGAGGGUCUUGAGCAGCUUGACAUAGUGGGCGAUAUCAGCCCAGCCUUGGAGGCCACUGAGGACUUUAUCCACUGCAUGGAUGGGAUACAAGGCCAAAGUACAAGCCAGGCUCAUGCAAGGAACAAACAGCCUUCCAGACAGCCCAAGCAGCUGCAGGAAGUGUCCACUACCGCAUUAGGGAAGUUGAGCUCUAGUGGCGUGUGGAGCCUUCUGGCUGGGGAGCAGAAGGAAGUGGGGCCUUUAGGUCUGGCAUGGGCCGACAACUUCAGCGUGUUGGGGCUCGGGAUAAGCAUGAGGCAUGGCAAGAGAAGCCGAGCCCGCUCCACCAAUGACCUGGCAGCCCACACAAAGGAGUGCACCAACAGCACUGGCAACUCCUCAUCCAAGUCAGCUUUCAAGAAAGGACACAACCGGUCCAGAUCUGACAUCAACUACCGCCCAUCUGCCUUCACGGACAAUGGACUGCCCACAGUGGACGGCAGCACCCUGAAGAACGUGAAGUUCAACCACCAGCGAGAGGCUGAUAAAAACAGCAGUAGCAGUGUGGUGAAGCAGGGUGAAAUGGAGCAGCGUGAGGGGCCCCGGGGCCGCUGGACACCCUGUCACGUAGAACUGACGCCAUGUGAGCUCCGGCUGUACAUUCUAGACAGCAGUGCCAACCGCCAGCUGGGCACUGCCUACUCCCUGUCACACUGCCAGAGCGUCAUCUUACCAGCACCCUGUGGCCAGCGUGGCCAGAUCAGCCAGCCCGCUGAUCAGUGCACGCUGGAGGCUUUGUUCUUCAACAGCACACGUCUCCAGCUGAGGGCAGCCAGCCAAUGGGAGGCCAUGGAGUGGAGGCAGCUGAUGUGGGAGAAAGUGCAGGUAGCCAGACCUGUGAGGCAGAAGAACCGCCAGAAUAAGACCACGGUGGAAAACCAACAGGUUGUCAUGUUUCCUGCACUUACGUCACCCUCCUCUUCCCCCUCACCAUCAGGGCUUGACACCAGGCCUGAUGGUGAGAGUGAUACUCCCACCUCUGCAGAGGCCUCUGUCUCACUUCAUUCUAAUUCUGGCAUCUUGAGCAGACCCACUACCCUUCCAUUGUUCACUCAGCGCUGCCAGGAUAUCCUCAAAGCUGGUUUGCUCCACCAGCUGAUGGACCAGAACAACUGGCGAACCUUUAAUUUUGUCCUGACCAGAUCCUCUCUUCAAGCCUUCCCUCCUGAGGGCCAUGGGUCUGUGUCCCAGGCUGUCCUUCAGUACUCUCUGGCAUCCUGCUUGGCCGUGCGGCAUGGUCAAGAACAAGAGAAUGGAGAGCUGUGGAUGGAGAAAAGGGAACAUUUCCAGGUAGUUUUCCCUAAAGAUGUGCUUCGACUUCGAGCAGACUAUUACCUUAAGGCCCAGGAAUGGGUGGAGGUCCUGCAUGAGGCAGUGGGAGCACAGAGGCCUGCUCAAGAAGAAGGGGUAGAAACUGGAGAAGCCGCUCCAGGCUCCCAAGGCGUGCUGUUAAGAUCAAAACCAUCUCGUGAGAGGAGGCAGCGGGAGGCCCAGAGAGCCAAGAGGCAGUCAGUCACCACCAGUUUCCUCAGUAUCCUUACCUGUCUGGCUGUGGAGAAGGGACUCACUGCUCAGAGCUUCAGAUGUGCAGCUUGCCAGCAGCCAGUCGGCCUGUCCAGAGGAAAGGCAAAGGUUUGCUACUACAGUGGCUGGUACUACUGUCAGAGCUGCCACCAGGACAACUCCUUUCUCAUCCCAGCACGUCUGCUGCACAACUGGGACACCAGCAAGCACAAGGUUUCAAAACAGGCCAAAGAAUUUCUGGAGUUUGUAUAUGAGGAGCCACUGCUCGACAUCCAGCAGCUCAACCCUUGUCUGUAUGAGCACUGUGAGCCUCUCAGCACCGUGCUACGUCUCCGUCAGCAGCUACAGUCACUGCGUGCCUACCUGUUCAGCUGCCGGGCAACUGUUGCUGAGGACCUCAGACGAAGGAUUUUCCCCAGAGAAUAUCUGCUACAACAUAUUCACCUUUACUCCAUAGCGGAUCUGCAGCAGGUGAUUGAUGGAAAACUGGCUCCCUUCCUGUCCAAGGUGAUCAAGUUUGCCAGCUCCCAUGUGUUCAGCUGCAGUUUGUGUCGAGAGAAAGGUUUCAUCUGCGAGCUCUGCCACAACAGACAGGUCAUCUACCCCUUCCAGGAGAAUGCUACCAAAAGGUGUGACGGCUGUGGCGCCGUUUUCCACACCGAGUGUCGCCAGAAAGCUCAGCCGUGUCCUCGCUGCGUGCGCCGGGAGCUCCACCACAAGAGGCCAUCCUCCUUUUGGUCGCCUGAUGACGACAGCCCGGGAUGUUUUCACCAGCCUUACCAAGACACCUGAGCACACACACACACACACUCCCUCUCUCUCACCCACCCCACACGCACAAAAGCAGUAACACUUUAGGUGCUGCCAGGCCGUGACACAGGACAAAGAGCCUGUUUUCCUGAUCUGUGUGUUUCCAGGAGGACAAAUUGUGUGACAGCUUUGGCCAGUUUGGACUUGUUCAGAGAACCUGAUGCAUCAUCAGGUUUGUGUCCGUGAGUGACAAGACGCACACAUCUGAGCUGAGCAGCAGGGAUGUAACACUGAAGAACUGCUGCACUAGGAUUUACUGAUAAAACUCCUUGUAUUUUGCAUCUUCUCACGUGUCAAAGUCGUCCUCUGCCAUCUUCUUCUUCUCAUCACACCACGACCUUCCACGUGUUUCCUCCUCCAGGAUUUAAACAUGUCAAAUCACAGCAGGUUAAGUGGAUUGAACUGAUCCUUUUUGGUGGAUUUAUUCUCCCCAAACGUCUUCUUCCACUUGCCAAUAAAGUCACGCAAACUUCAAAAAUCAAUGGAUCAGUUUUGGCAAUGAGAAUUGGUUCAGAGGAAAUUUGUCAAUUUGAAAUGUCUCUUUGCUCUCUGGGUAUGUGCAGAGGUUUUUUGUUUGUCUUUGUUUACAGACUGAAUUAUUACAUGGACAAUAAAAGCUGAUUAACCAACACUGAAAAUAAUAAUUGGUUGGAGCCUUGCUCAUAUUUAAGUGAUACUUCACCUAAAAUGCUUGUACACUGUAGCCGUGAAAGGCAGCUGCAGAAGAUUUGCCCAGGAAUUGCAGCUGUAAUCGAUUCAUGUCAGUUAUUGGAAUCAUUUGUAUUUGCACUCACGCACACACACACACGCACACACCAAUCAGUGAUAGUAAGUUUAUCUUGUGCAUUUAAGCUGUGCUUUAUAACGGGAGCAGUGGAGUUAGCUGACUUUUACUGUUUGCCACAGGCUGAUCAACUUAUGUCAUCACAGCUCAAUGAGGAUGAGAUCAAAUGUUUAAAAAAACACACUCCUAACACCACAGUCAUGUUCUCGUUUCAGUAAUUGUGGACAAAAUCCACAGCCCUCUUUCCAAAAAAGGGAAUUUCUAUAACUGUUGUAUAACUCACGCUGAAUAACCUGUGUUUAUAUGCAUCUCCAGGCUCCACA